AUUGGGCUUAAAAUCUUUCACAAAAACUUUUAAGAUUGUUAUGGAUGCUCAAAGAGGAUGUAGCUCUUUUAACAUGGUGAACAAAUAAACUCAGCUUGAAAACUUUCAAAGGAUAUUCAGAACUUCAUGAUGAAUGUUGAAUGAGGGGACCCAUCGAGUACUGGAACUUGAAAAUUUCGGAUUCAUGUGCUUCUCUAAAAUUUCUAGAUGCUGCCAAAUUUCAAACCUUUGUAAUAUCUGGAAAGUAGAUAUAGAACUUUUGUAAAACAUAUUUGUGUACUGAACAGAAUCUCCUCAAUACCAAUAUCUCUUUUCCCCUUCCAUUGAAGUUUAGAGAGGUUUACAGUUCAUGAGGUUAUGUAUAUUCCUUAUUAUCAUUCUCCAAUGGCAAGAAAGCUGUACAGAUUUAUGAGCAUUGUUAGUUUAUGCUUUUAUCUGAUAUAUAAAGUAAUACGUGAACAUACAGACUUGAUCAGAUUUCCUCUUUGAAACUUUUCAGAUAUCUAUGUUUUCUUUAUCUGUUCCCGAAAAUACGUCUUUUUAAACUUUUCCUGCUUGGCUCUGUGGAAGCAUUGGUUUCUUGUUGUUCCUGCAUUCUUGUCCUCGUCACAAUUCCCCAUCUCACAAUAUAUGGAGUGAGCUGUUUCAGAUUUUAGUUUCAAAGAUGUUUCAGAUGUGCACUCAAUUCCUCAGUUUAUUCACCAGCUAUGUUAGGCACUAUACGGGAUAUAUGUACUAGAGCUCUUGGUAUAGUUUUGUCCUCGAUGUUAUUUGGAGAAUUGGUCAACAAGGAGAAUUAUACUAUUCCACAAUCUUCUGCUGCUAAUGUUUCGUGUGUUCUAGAUCAAAGGCCUCUUUGAUAAUAUAAAUGACGAUCUCUGUUGGAGGCAAGAUCCUAUCUCCAUCAUCUUGCCAACGAAAGAUCUUCUCGUCCUGCCGUGCCUCGCCCUGCUCAAAAAGCAAACGUCGACAAAGUACGUUGGCUCAAGAUCCAACAAACUAAAAAUUAUUUGUUUUGGGGUGGUGAGAACUGAGACCGAUAAUUGAAGGGAAGAUUUGAAUGAGCUAAUCGAAAAUAAAGGGAAUAAAACGGAUUUAGCCAAAAAAUUGAAGUUCAAAAUUUUACUUUGUUGUUAAGGGAAAAAGAGGAGAGGAAUAGUGAAUAGUAAGUUGAGAACGAAAUGUAAAUAUUUGGGCGCUCCACGCCUGAUAUGGUGGACCAGGUUCACUCAGCAAUUUCCCUGCACACGCACGCUCUACCUCGUCGAGGAUUUAUCAUCCACUUCGACUGUGAAGAAGCAUCUCAGCCGCACUUCCCCGCGAUGCUCCUCCUCCAACCCCGCAUCCUCCCCCGCUUCUUCUUCUUCUCCUCCGCCCUCCCCUCCCCCUCUCCCUCCUUCCUCCUCCCUCCGACCAAACCCCGCCCCUUCUCCCUCCUCACCACCAAAUCCCACGUCGCUCUCUCCUCCCCCUCCCUCGAAACCCUAGAAUCCAACCCCGCGCCGCUCGAGGACGAUCCCUUACUACCGAUCCGGAUCCCCUUCGACAAGCUCUUCGUUCCCCCGGAGGUCGACCUCCCCCUCGGCGGCGCCGCCGCCCCCGCCACCGCCGCGGCUGCUGCGAGCGGGAGGGUGCUGAAGGGGUCCAACAUCGUGCUCGGCCCCUACGCUAAGGAUGCUCAGGUUGUCACCGCCGAGUUCGUGAAGAGUAGUGUGAGGAACGAGGAUUGCCCCGCCGACGGCCUCCCCGAGUUCGCCCUCGUCGGCCGAUCCAACGUCGGCAAAUCCUCCCUCCUCAAUUCCCUCGUCCGCCGCAAGCGCCUCGCCCUCACCUCCAAGAAGCCAGGAAAAACCCAACUUAUCAACCAUUUCCGGAUAAACGAUAGUUGGUACCUUGUUGAUUUGCCCGGAUAUGGAUAUGCAGCUGCACCGCAGGAGUUGCGUACCAAUUGGGGCGAGUUCACCAAAAAUUACUUCCUCAACCGAGAGACAUUGGUAUCUGUGUUCCUCCUUAUAGAUGCUAGUAUUCCCGCUAAGAAGAUUGACCUCGAAUAUGCUAGCUGGCUUGGCCGAAACAAGGCCGCACCACCUUGGAUCAUGACCAGUAGCGUGACUAACCAAGGUCGUGACGAGAUUCUUUUGCACAUGUCUCAGCUCAGAAACUAUUGGCUGAAACAUUAGAAGAAUCCCUCUGUACAAAAGGCACUGCUAAGAAUGUGAAAUGUAUUCUACAAGUUUCUCCAAUCGGCUUCAGCUUCUUGGAUAAUAGCAAUGAAUUCUCACCAUAAGAGAAGUGCUUCGGCUGCUGCAUCUUCAAUCGGGGAACACCAACAAGCCUGAGAAAUGCCAACCUGGUUUAUCACUUUGUAUUUUCAUCCCAGCUCACUUAUUCUUCUUUUUCUUUUCUCGUCUUUUGCGAUGUUUGCACGGGGAGAGAAAAAGAACAAUUUAUGGUUUAUGAAAGAUAUAAGUUCCAUUAAGUUCUCUUGUACUUUUUUGUUCAGCCAUAUUUUGUAAACAUGAGAGCCUACUCUCUCCUAGUGCAUGUUGGAUGUUAGAAUAAGUUAAGAUGCACUAAUUUGUUUUUGAAAAGGCGAUUAUAAUAGAUUAGUUAGUUUAAUUGGUUUCAA